UACGCCAACUUGAUCCAAAUUCCAAACAUUCUAUCUUCUCCUUUGAUUAUAAAUCUUUACAAUACCACCCGUCUUCCUCCAUUACCUGCUCCGAUUUCCCUCGCAAGUAACCAUGGCCGAGAGGCUAAACCCCCCAACUCUUCCCGCCACGAUCGAGCUCAGUGACCUAACCGCCGCCUCCAUUCUCGGUCGCGGGGGCAACGGCAUCGUCUUCCUUGUCCGCCACCUCACCUCCGGGGAAACCCUUGCACUCAAAUCAAUCUCAAAACCCUCAAGCGAUGCCGAUUUCCGGAGAAUCUGGUUCGAGCGCGACGUCCUGCUCGAACUUCAACACCCCCUCCUCCCUUCUCUCCGCGGAAUCGUCUCCACUGAUAAAAUCGUCGGAUUCGCCAUCGAUUACUGCCCCGGCGGCGAUCUGAACACCGUUCGUAGCUGCCAAACUGAGAAAAUGUUUUCGCUGGAGACGAUACACUUUUACGCCGUGGAAAUGGUGAUCGCAUUAACCCACCUUCACAAUUUGGGUAUCAUCUACCGCGAUCUCAAACCGGAAAAUGUUAUGAUUCAGGAGAACGGCCACAUAAUGCUUAUCGACUUCGACCUCUCGACCAAACUUCCAACAUCCAGAUCAUCCCCGAAAACGCCUUUCACCCGGUCCGAAACCCUCCUCGCCGAAUCGAAACGAAAAAAGUUACGCUCUCUGUUCCGAUGCUGCUCCCGCCACGCCGGAGUCACGCCGGACCUCCCCACCGGCGAUCCCCUGCUUCCUUCUCCGGCGAAAUCGAAAUCGUUCGUCGGCACAGAGGAAUACGUUGCGCCGGAAAUCAUCAUUGGAAAGGGCCACGACUUCGCCGUCGAUUGGUGGGGCCUUGGCGUCAUUCUAUACGAGAUGCUGUAUGCAAGAACACCGUUUCGAGGGCAGAAUCGGAGGGAGACAUUCCGCCGGAUCUUGCACGAAUCGCCGGAUCUCGUCGGAAAACCGAUGCCGCUGAGGGAUUUGAUUAGACGGAUGCUGGUGAAGGAUCCGUCGAAGAGGAUCACCAGCGAGGAGAUUAAGCGGCACGAGUUUUUCAGAGGAGUUGAUUGGGAUUUAGUGGUUGACAUUGCGCGGCCACCAUAUAUUCCGAUGCGGAAGGAUUGGGAUGAAGGGAUCGAGGGCUUGGAGGUGGAGAAGAUCGUCGAGAAAGUUUUCGAGAAAGCGCUGGCAGCGAAGGAAACUAGUGUGACGGAAGUGAGAAAUUUACUCCAUUAAUGGGGAUUUUACAGUCUUUUGAUUUGGAAAUCGUUUGCGGUAAAGUUGCAUAGUUAUUUUGGAAGGGAAAUCUACUAAUAAGCUAAUUUUCGGGCGAUUUUCAACCCGAAAGUUGUGAAUUUAUGAGAAAAUCAGAGCUUUUCCUUUUCAACCUUAAAAUCAAA